GGCGGGGCGCGGCAGGCGCAGGGACGCGGCGCGGGGAGGACGCAGCUGGGCGCCCAUGGCGUUCGCGCUGCUGCGCCCCGUCGGCGCGCACGUGCUGUACCCGGACGUGAGGCUGCUGAGCGAGGACGAGGAGAACCGCAGCGAAAGCGACGCGUCAGACCAGUCGUUCGGUUGCUGUGAAGGCCUGGAGGCGGCGCGGCGCGGCCCCGGCUCCGGGGGCGGGCGACGGGCGGGCGGUGGCGCGGGCCCCGUGGUGGUGGUGCGGCAGCGGCAGGCGGCCAACGCGCGGGAGCGGGACCGCACGCAGAGCGUAAACACUGCCUUCACGGCGCUGCGCACGCUUAUCCCCACCGAGCCGGUGGACCGCAAGCUGUCCAAGAUCGAGACACUGCGCCUGGCGUCCAGCUACAUCGCGCAUCUAGCCAACGUGCUGCUGCUGGGCGACGCGGCCGACGACGGGCAGCCGUGCUUCCGUGCGGCUGGCAGCGCCAAGAGCUCCGUCCCCGCCGCCGCCGACGGCCGCCAGCCACGCUCCAUCUGCACCUUCUGCCUCAGCAACCAGCGCAAGGGGGUGAAGAAACUCAAGUUACUUCACUUUACAGGUGAAAAAACUCAUGCUCAGUUGGCCGUCGUGACCUGGGAGGUAGCUGCUUGAAAGUGAGGGGAGUGACCCCGCUUCGAGGGCCACGGAGAUGAGCCUGAGCCACUGCAGCAUUUGUUCCAAGUAGGACUCUGGAGAAGGAAGCCAGCUACUGGCUGGGCAGGGGAAAAGACCCCAGAUGACAUCAGACCCAUCGCUUCUCUGUAGGGACCAGAAGACAAUGGCAUGGGCCCAGGGUCUUUUGGGGGAGGCCCCUGGAACAUCUCCAUCCCACCCUGGAGACCUGUGAGGACCCUUCCAGCGUACACGGGCCUAGCUGCUCAGAGACAUUGGAAAAACCAAAGACUUGGUGACCUGUAGAGGUUGUGCGUGUGUGUGCAUGAGUAUGCGUGUGCAUGAAAGAGAGAGAGUUGGUGGGGUUUGAAAUAAAAGUAUUUUUAAAUAAGAGAUGUCAUUUCCAGCUGAGGAAGGGAAGGGCCUAUGAACAGCAGCAGUUGGAGAUGGCCCCUUGCAGGACCUAGAAGGGGACACCAAGUGUCAGGGAAUGCCAGCC